AGACAAACCCCCUUGUGCACCCCCACUCUCUGACAUCUGCUCAACACCUGAGUCCAACACCUCCGAUGAGACCAGGUGAGCGGGAAAACAUAACCUGCAACACAAAUAAAAAAGACAUUAGUAACAAGAGCUAUACCGGUUCUGUUGACCAGUACUAAUCUCGGCGCCUCUAAACCAUAAAAACAACCAUGACGUGUUAACAGGACUGUAAUUACGCCUUAACGGUAAACAUCUAAUUGUGAUACAUGUUAUAUUAAUGUUUGCGCAACGUAGAUUUUUAAGUGCGUUGCCAAAGUUAGAACAUCCUUUAAGACGUGGUUCGGAACUCAAGCUAGCCUAGUAGCAUACAGGAAAACAAGUUGAGAGUUACACAGUCUCGCAUAUAGGCAGACAAAGUGCUUUUAUUGUUCAUACCUACCGUUAAGAACCCCGGUUAUCAAAUGGCUUUCUGUCUAUUUAUUGUUGUUGCGUUGUUUUUUGCAAGCUAAGCUAGCAAGGACAGCCCGCUGUCACUCUAGCUGUGCUGCUUAGGUGUAGUAGGAAAUGUUAGUACUGCACGACAAAUGCCAACAAAUGUCUACCACUGUGAUCAGAAAAACCGAUAUUCUAUCAAUAAUAAUGCAGAAAAUCAAGACUUAAGGUCUUUUAUUCUUUAAUAUUUUAAAGCAUUACUCAUUAGUAAUUCGCCAUCGUGAAAAUUAAGUAAACGAGUUAUUAUUUAAUGAGGUGCCUUUUUAUUGAGGGUGUACCACAAAACAUGUGUUAUCAAACUGUGUUAGCAGACUUCGAUUGGCGAGAGAGAAAAUAGGCCACAUUUUAUUUUAAAAGUAAUUUCUUUAGCAUAGCACUUGAGAUUUACGACGUGCAAUUGAACGCAACAUGGUCAACGGAAGACAACGCCCCCAAAUAUAACAGCGCCAUGAGUGUUCUGUACAAGAGAGGAAGAUGCGGAAAAGUGCUUAACUACGUACGUCUUUUACUUGAAAUCAAUUCUGUGGUUUCACUCAUAUAAUACGUCAUCCAACUUUAGAGUUUUAUUUUCGGGACCCCUCUCCUGUAAUGUUAUUCAGCAAAAACCUGGCAUACCGAAUAAGUAUUUUGUUUUUACCGCACCUUGAAGAAAGCCAAGUUAUACAUACGUUUAUAUCAUUAAAUAAAAAUGUUUUUCAACCACUGUUAUCUGGUCAAGACUAAACUUGUCAGAUUUUGUUUGGAUUCAAAAACUGUAUCACUCUGCAAGAAUCUCAUUCGGAAUAAAAAUGAGGUGCUCUUGCUGAGAAAAAAAAUCAUAUUUAGAACCAUAAUGUAUAUGUGCCGAAGUAGUGCAUUAAUGUAGUUGUAGUUAAAGCACAUGUGGAUCAGUACCUGCUCAAAUUGUUUCUGUAUGAAUGAAUGAAACGAUUAUUCCAUUCCGAGUCGCCCAGGUGUAGGAUUGGCAUGUGUGAAAUGUGAGUUCAGAAAAAUCUGAUGAAUGAGCAAUUACGCGCCUUUUUUUGACUCAUAAAAAAUAAACCACCAUACAACUGAAGGGUUGUUAAUGUUGAAGCCUCGCGUCCACAAUGAUACAUAAUUGGGUUGCUACAAAUGACUCUCCAUAGCAGUCUCAGCUGAAGCAAUUCCACUGCAGCGUUGCUCGAGGGUCAUUGGGUGAGGAGUGGAACAUACCGACGGAGGGCAGACUGAGUAAAACUUGAACACGUAGACACACCCAGUUCAACAAAGUGUGAGAGACAUGCAGAGCAAUGAGUGUGGAGCAAUAGGAGGGUGUGGCUUUUUACACAGAGGGAAUAGAUAAGUUGAGUUUGCCUAGUAGAAGGGGGCAGGAGUCACAAUCCUGAAGAGAGACAGCCCUUUACUUUCACUCUGGACUGCACUUAUUCCACUCACUCUGCUCCAGCUGUUUUGAACAAUCUCUAGUGCAGAAAACAGUAGUAGAAGGAACAAGGAAAUCCUUGAGACGCUGACAUGAAGGACAAAGUGAGACGGGGAGGACGAAAUCAAGCCAAGAAUGAUGUUGUUGGUGGGACGGAGGCCGCUACUGUUAAGCGAGAUGAUGACACAUCAUUUCCUGUGAAAAUCCAGGGAGCUGGAGUGGAGCAGUUUGAGUUGCAGGUUCAUGGAUUUUGGCUGGUUCAGGAUGCAGUUGUGAGUCUGCUGUCGAGGGAUGAGGUCUGUCCACGCUCUAACUUCACGCUGUCACUUGCUGGGGCAAGUUUGGACCCUCUGGCACACAUGCAAAGCGUUAAGGGUCUUAAACCAGGAGCCAUUGUGCGGCUGGUGGAAGAGCCAUACACAGCACGCUCAGCUCGGCAUCAUCUGGCCCGAGUCUUGGAGCUGUUGAGAGCGUCAGGGCCUCGUGAUGCCCUGAGAGACGGACGCUCACCAAGCAUUCUGGAGACACUGACACACACUCAAACCCAAGAGCCCAAUGGAAAAAACCUGAAACGCUCCCUAAGCAACACGAAAACAGAAGCAGCCAGCCAGGAUGGAACUCCUCCAGACUACCUCCUCCCUGGAUCUUCAGAUCGUCCGCUGAUGGCUCUGUUGCCCAACAGCUCCCAGGCAGAGGUGCCCAAUUUUGUAAAGGAUCUGUCUCUUAGCUGCUGGAAUCCACCUCCAGGUCACAGGAAGCUGCAGGGAGACUUCCUUUACAUCACAGUGGUAACAAUGGAGGGGCGACGGAGUGACAUCACAUCCUCCCCAAAGGGAUUUUUCCUCAAUAGAUCAACAGAGGAAGUGUUCGAUCCCCGUCCUGUACAAUCUACACCAGUUUACCACUGCUUCACUGACCUGCUGUGUCACAUUAGCCCCGCCUUCAAACAGACCUUCGCUUCUCUCCGAAACAGGCAUCAACAACUCCCAGUGGAGAUGACACCCACUCCCUACCACACCUUGUGCUGGUUAGGGCCUCCUUGUGCUUCCCGCACUCACAGGAACACCUUUAAUGGUCUGGUGGUGGAUGAGCAGCUGGCAAACCAGGGCACCGACUGGAAUGAGGAGUUGCAAGCAGCCAGAGACCUUCCCCAGAGCACCCUGGAGGAGCGACUGCAGCGGGAAAGAGCUCUGCUGCAGGUAAACAGCGCAUUUGUGAAGACCGUCGUCCAGGCCGUGGAGCCAGUGAUGGAAGGAUUCGUGGAUCCAGUCAAUGGAAAUCCGGAUGAUCCAGCCUUCCUGUGGGGAGGGGUGUUCAUGAGUCAAGGGGCUGCGAACCCUGAGUUUGGUGGCGAGAGAGGUCGAAGGGCGGCGCAGAGGCUGGAGCUCAGAGGGGUGCAGGCCUACAGUGACAUAGAGCACCUUCAGGGGUUACACACUCUUCCCACUGCCAUUGUGGACUACAGAGGGGUCCGUCUGUCAGCACAGGGUCUGGCCCCAGGACUGGGAGGCUCAGAAAGUGACCAGGAAAAUUCCCCAGCCUCAAGAGGCUUGUUGUAUGGAGUCAAUGCUGGACCUCCUGCGGAAUCACCGCACCGCAGAAGACUACUAGAGCUCCUGGCUCACUCAGCCAAAGCUCUCUCCCUUCAAAAGCAUGUGGUGGUGGCGCCCAGCGGUCACCAGGUACCGCUCUUCACAUCAGUGGACUCUCAGGGACUCUUGGGCGCUGAUGGAAGAUUCUACCUGCUGGAUGUAUUCAGGACUUUCCCAACAGAUGCUAACUUCUGUCCGGAAAUAGAGACAGUAUCUGAAGCUCAAGAGAACUGUGAAGAAGACAACAGUGUGUGUGUAAAAGAAGGCUGGCCGGAGAAUUACAACUCAAGCUCAGGGCUUCCACGGCAUUUCACCCACAGUCUGUGCAGGCUGAGGCCGGAGUUGAUGAAGGCCUUCAUCCAGCACAAACAUGCCCAGUUCUCACAGUGUGUCCGAGACAAGUUGAACGAGGAGGGUGGCUUUGAAGAAUGCGCCACAGCUUCUGACUCCAGGGCCAGGGAGGCUGUCAGACUGGCCUGUAAGGAGGUGGGCUCCCUUAGUAACAUCAUCUUUGAGAUGGGGUUCAGUCCAAGCACCUUCUCUCCAGGAGUGGUAAUUCCUUCUGCUCAGAGUUCCCAGAACCAGCUGCAGGAGAGACUACUGAGAGAAGCUGCAGCUUUCAUUGUCACCCACCAGAUACCAGCGUUUCUGGAGUUCUGCUUACAAAGCGAUGAGGCACCAAUGGAUGGUGUUUCUCUCAAACGGGCGCUACACCAUAGAGGCGUAAACCUUCGAUAUCUCGGUCACGUGAUAACAGCUAUCAAGACUUCUGAGCAGAAAGAGCGCCUGAGGCACAUCAUGAGAUUGGUUGUUGGUGAGAUUCUGAUGCGAUCGACUCGAAGAGUGUUCAACAGUUUCCUUCAGGGCGUGGACAUCCCAAGUCUGGCAGCAGCUAUCAGUCACUUCCUUUGCUGCUUAUUGGCUCCCCAACACGCGACGCCACCCACCGCAGAUGACUCCAAAAAGAAGUCAAGAAGGCGUGGCCGAGGACCAGGGGCUGCUGAGAGCACACCCUGGAGCAUGUUGACCGGCUCUGAGCUGUGGAACCUGGUUUGCCAAGAUGCUGUUGAAACAUAUAACAUCUCUGAUGACCUGGGGUCUGGGGUGACACAACUCGUUGAACUGCACGGAUUCCAGAAGAUCUCUCUGCUCAGAGAGUUCUGCUUGAAGACUGGAGUUCAGCUGCGACUACGAGACUACAUCUUCGACAGCCAGAGCAAAGCUCCAGUCAGUCCUGACGACAUCCUCAACGUCUUUCCUGUCGUCAAACAUCUCAACAUGCCAACCGCUGACGCUUCCAGAGCUCUGGAAGCUGCACAGACCUCCAUUCAAAAAGGACUGUUGGAUCAGGCACAUGAACACCUCAAAGAAGCGGGGUACCUGUUCAGCAGGGUGUGUGAUGACCUGCACCCCGAAGCCAGCUACUGUCACACCCUGAUGGCCAAAGUUGCCUUCCUGCAGGGCAAGCUUGCUGAGGCCCGAAGUGUCCAACUAAAAGCAGUGGUCAUCAGUGAGAGAGUCCUCGGCUUUGACCAUCCCAACACCAUCCAGCAAUACACUUUUCUAGCUGUGUAUCUGCACGCUGGAGGAGAGACAGCUUUGGCCCAGAAGUGUCUGCUGAGAGCUCGUCUGCUGCUUCUCACAGUUCACGGAGAAGACCAUCCUUACAUCGCAACAGUGGAUAGCUGCCUGGGGUUGAUGAUGACUGGGGCUCAGGCGGCACAGUUCCUGAAGAACGCCCUCAAAAUCAACACCUCUUUCUUUGGCCCUUCAAACCUCUACACUGCACUGAGCCAACACCUGCUGGCACAGUGGAUGUGCAGCCAGGGUGACUAUCGAUCUGCCAUGAGUCAUGAGAAAGAAGCCCUCACCGCUUUUACACUGAUGUUUGGGGAGGAUCACGCUCAGACCCGAUGCAGCACGGAGUUUCUGUCCACUAUUACGAAGCAGGCAGUGAAAGUGGAACGCUCCCUGAGACAAGCAGCAACUGAAUCCUCAGAGCAUCCAGUGGAGUGCAUCACUCCCUCUAGUGACACAAUUCAGGAGCAGAUGGGUCUGGUCACUGGGAUUAAACGAAUUGCAUACAGUAACAAAUUCCUUGAGUUUAAGCAGAAGCACAAGGAAAUCAAAGCCGCGGUGGCCAAAGAACUGCUGAGCAAGUUAUCGCAGGAACCUCUCAUCCCAGACCCCCUGGAGGAAGCCGGGAAAAGCGAAAACAAAGAAACAGGAAACAGGCAUGGAGCAGAGAAUGGAGGAAGCCUGGCAGUCAUUGCCGCCGAGAACCAACCUGAGGAGGAAACUGGAGAGACUUCCACCUCAGUUUUGGCCAACGGUCAUGAGUCAGAUCCAGAAGGAAAAACACAAGUGGACGGACCAUCAGCCGAAUCUACUGCAGUUAAAAGUGAAGCCAAUAAUCCAAAAGAUUUGGGUGGAGCUGUGAGCAAAACUUCCUUAAAUAAAGGAACCUGGGCUGAUGUGGUUUCUAAAUCCCCAGUGGCCAACGGGACAGAGAACAAGCACGCAGCUGUCAACGGAGUGAGUGUGAAUGGAGCAGCUGAGGAGUGAAGGGACAUGUCACUGUUUUAACAAAUCACUGCUGUAAGAGUGCAGCCUCAUGACCCCGAGGAUCAAUUUUAUACCAUUAACAUGAAGUCUAACAGACAAGUAUUACAGUGUGUUCAAGCUGGGAAGUGGCUGUUUUCCUUUUCAAUAAAGUUUUUACUGACUAUAAAGUUUGGUUUUAAAGGUUUUCUUUUGACCUUUGUCAGA